AUCUUCACUGACAAAAGCACCUGCGUGUCAUCACAGCAUAGUUCAACAGCUAUUACGUGUCACCUCCUCCUUCUCUCAGCCUCCUCACUCACCUUCCAAGCCUCCCUCUUUAUAAACACCCCAUUUCCCUCCAAUUCGACUUUGCAUAUUAGCAGAGAUUUCAUUUCAACUUCCAAUAUAUAGUAAGUUCAGAGUUUGUGAGAAAGACUUGAAGUUCAAAGGAGAUGGCAUCAGAGCAGGAAAGAAGUGACCCAAGCAAAAGAAAAGAACUAGACGAGAAGGCAAGGCAGGGAGAGGUUGUUGUCCCUGGUGGAACUGGUGGCAAGAGCCUCGAGGCUCAAGAGCACCUUGCUGAAGGGCGGAGCCGCGGAGGGCAGACAAGGAGGGAGCAGGUGGGUCAUGAAGGGUACCAGGAGUUGGGCCACCGUGGCGGCGAGACUAGGAAGGAGCAGAUAGGCCAUGAAGGGUACCGUGAGAUGGGGAAAAAAGGAGGGCUCAGCACCAAGGACAAGUCUGGAGGAGAGCGUGCUGCUGAGGAAGGCAUCCCCAUUGAUGAGUCCAAGUACAAAACCAAGAGCCGCUAACAUGUUCAUUAUUGACUUUCCAAGCUCAAGGCCUCUCAUUUUUGUUUUUUCGCUUCUAGUGUUUUUGCUCCAACUAGAGUUGUAGGAUGGCU